AUGCCGCCGCCAACCGGCAUCCGGCUGCGAGAUAGCUGCCAAUCGUGCGCCGCAUCCAAAACCAAGUGCUCCAAGGACAAGCCGCAGUGCGCUCGGUGCGCCAAGAGGGGUACCAAGUGUGAAUAUCUCGUCACACAGCGGACGGGCAGGAAGGCCCUGGCGCGGCGAGACAGCGAUGCCAAAGAGCAGAGCAGUGAUGCGGGUGUUCGACGCAAGAGCUUGAGCCGCUCAACGACGACAGCAACAAACACCACCACCACAACAACAACGUCGUCGUCAAGCAUGUACGACACACCAGACAUUCACAUGUCGGGAUGUGUAGAGGCGCAAGACGGAGCAGCAGACAUGUACAUGAUAGAGCCGGGGCUCGAGACAUUUGAUGCAGACACUGCUGGUAGCAUGCUUCCUGAGAUGAGUACAGUCCACGACGACUACUUCUCGCUUCUCGUCCCAGACGUUGACACGUUGGCACUGGACCAGGUAUACGAUACAAGCAGUGCCACAGACGCCGCGGCAUCCGACGUGCUGGCCCAACCGCUGCUCGGCACCAGCAGCGGCAUGCCUCACGGCACAGCAGCAUAUGCAGCAUACACGCAGGGCAACAACCUAGCAGCGGCCGGGCACUCAUCCAGGGACCCGCCGCAGCAGCCCGACCUAGGUAUGCUCCUCGAUGCAGCAUGUCUGCCGGGAGGACCGACCCAAACCGGCGAGCAAACCGGCCAACUGCUCUCUGAGAUGCAGACGCCCUACUACCAAACCGCCAUGGACCACGCCGCAGCCUCGCAGCAGCAGCACGAGGGCCUCACCAUGGCUCUGCAGCUAAUGCAGCACCUCUGCUGUCUGACCGAUACGAGCAGUGCCAACUCCAUGCCGGUCAUGGGAGGGGCACCCCGCCCGCCGCCGCUCCGCCUCCGCAGUCUCAUGGACAAAUGCAGCAAAGCCACGGCAACCAUCAGCGCCAUCCUGCACGGCGACAGCUCCCACGACGCCUACUUCCUCGCCGUCGUCUGCCUCACAAUGUCAAAAGUCCUAGACGCAUACGUCACUGCGUCCCGUACCCUCGGUACACCAACCACCACCACCACCAGCACGGCCGACUACGACAGACGCAAGUCGCGCUCCUCAUCUGCUUCUUCUUCUUCUUCCUCUCCUUCUGUGCUUUCGUCCCCGGCCCGCCCGGAUUCCGCACGCAGUAACCGUAGCAGCGGGAGUGUGUCGCCGCCGGUCGUCCUGCAGGGCGACCCCAAAGCGGUUCAGCAGUUGCUCGAUGAGUUGUAUCACGUGCGCGCUUCUAUGGAUCUUUUGGGCGCCAAGAUUGCCGCAGUGGCACCGGCUUCGUGCAGUGUGUUUGCGAGUGGUUUGUCUUUUUCGGCAGAGACGCUGAGUCGGCUUUAUGAGGAGCAGAGACGCCGGUUGAAGUGUAUUUCACUUUACCUAAUCAACAGUCUCAAGGCGUUUUGGGUGGAGGAGACUUCGUUUUAA